AGCUCCUAACCUAACCACCGUCUCACAUUACCCCCUUUCUACCCUAACACAAUUUCCCUCUCCCUAAUUUCCAAUUAUUUUUCUCUCUCAUUUUUCCUCAAGUCUCUAGCUUCCUCUCUGUUUCUUUGUCUCAAGCAAAAGCUUAAAGUUAAAAGAGAAACAUAAAAAAGCUGAGGACAUCCCCAAACUUUGCACACAUGCAAAUUCACCACCACCCACUUUUACAUUACACCUCUCAUUCACUAUUCACUACCACCAAAACCUAAACUUCAAUCAACCCAUAUCCAACCCUCUCUUUCAAUCCAUCUAUUCACCCAUCUCCAAACAUCAUUAAAAUUAGACAUCAAACCCCUAAUUUCCACAUUUUUCCUCCUCAAAAAAAAAAAAAACCUAAAAAUUCAUUCUUUCCUCAUACCCAUUUUCAUCCAAAAACCUUACCUCUAACCAAAAAAACAUCCCUUUCUCUAAACCCAUUUCUCAUUUCCCACAAAAAUUGAACCAAGACACAAAAGAGGAAGAAAAAAACAACAAAGAAACAUAAGAACAACAACAACAAAGACAACAAAGGUAGUAACUUUCAAUCUCCCACAUUCAAUGUGGAAACCGUGGGGAAAAUCAACAUCUAAGAUUCACAACAAAUCUUCUUCAUCCUCAUUCUCUUGUUCUUCCUUCAAAGACAUUCAAACCCUAAUUCUUCAAGAACCACCUCAACAACCUCUACCUUCUUCACAACCCACAACAAAACAAGUCUUCCAACGCGUCCUUCUCGCCAACACACUCCUCCGUGCCUGGUCAUCUCCCCUCAAACUCCCACGCUCCAUCUCUCAACCCGAAAACCCACCAAACAAUGACACACACGCGCUGGAAAAACAAACUCCACCACCUUCACCCCCAAAACCCAUUUAUUUUCCGGGAACAGAACAGCGCGUGGUGAUAUACUUCACAAGCCUGCGCGUGGUUCGACCAAUCUUCGAAGACUGCAAAAGCGCACUCGCAAUUCUACGCGCCUUCCACGUUCAUCUCGACGAGCGCGACGUGUCGAUGGAUUCGUCUUUUUUGACCGAAUUGAACCGGAUAAUGGGUCGAACCGGUUUAUCAUUGCCACGUGUUUUUAUAGGUGGAAGAUAUAUCGGUGGAGGCGAAGAGAUUAGAUCAAUGCACGAGAUUGGCGAGCUCAAGAAAAUGCUAGAAGAUUUACCCGUAGUGGAUCCAAUUGAAUGCCACGUGUGCGCUGGUCAUAGGUUUGUUCUAUGUAACGUGUGUAAUGGGAGUAGAAAGGUGUAUAAUGAUAAAGCUGGAUUUAAAGUUUGUAAUGUUUGUAAUGAGAAUGGUCUUCUUAGGUGCCCUUCUUGUUUUCCUAAUAAUAAUGAAAUCAAAAAGUGAAUCAGAAUUAGUUUUUUUUAUUUGUUAGGUUAAUUAGUUGGUUUAGUUUUUUUUUUUUUUUUUAAUUUUUAGUGUAAAGAUUAUGUUAGGUUGGUCUAACAAUGUAUAUGAUUUUGGGUUUCUUAAUCUUCUAUACUCCCUCCGUUUUUUAAUAUAAGCAAAUUUUGACUUUUA